GAAUGCAUUGCAUAGUAUUGCUGCGCGGUUAGGGUGACGCGUUUGAUAAUCGUGUGAAUUUGUCGUAAACAAGUGGGAGUGUUUGAUGUAGUAAUAAAUAAUUUUUAUUUGCCACAACAACUAAUAUCUAAUUUCAAAAAAAUGCUAAAAUUUAUUGUUUCGACUUUUCUAAAUGACGAUCUUUUGACGAAGGGGAGUGCCUCGUACACAUAAAGCUUAAUUUACGUCAAAUUAUACAGUUCAACAAUUCUUCACCGGAUAACAAAUUGUUUAUUCCUGCCUUCAACAAUCCUUACGAUCUGCUAGCAAUUGACCAAUGAAAAUGUCGCACAGUGCAAGUGCAGAAAAUCUCUCAGUAGACGGUCAAAACAGCGGAGGAGAUAGCAACAUGUGUUUGGAAUUGGCCCUUGAAGGCGAGCGUCUUUGCAAGGAAGGUGAUUGUCGCACAGGUGUUGCAUUCUUUCAAGCAGCGAUACAGGCUGGAACGGACGACUUAAGAACGUUGAGCGCGAUCUACAGCCAGCUUGGAAAUGCUUACUUUUAUCUUGGUGAUUACGUCAAAGCCAUGCAGUAUCACAACCAUGAUUUAACAUUGGCAAGAACUAUGGGAGAUAAGUUAGGGGAGGCUAAAUCAAGUGGAAAUCUUGGAAAUACUCUGAAAGUUAUGGGAAAGUUUGACGAAGCUACGAUAUGCUGCAAAAGGCAUUUAGAAAUAUCAAGAGAACUUGGCGAUAAGCUCAGCGAAGGUCGAGCUCUUUACAAUCUCGGAAAUGUUUAUCACGCAAAGGGUAAACAAAUUGGCAGAGUCGGACAACAAGAUCCAGGAGAAUUUCCUGAGGACGUUAGACAGUGUCUUCAGGAAGCUGUUCAUUACUACGAAGAAAAUUUGAAGCUGAUGAGAGAGUUGAGCGAUACAGCUGCACAAGGGAGGGCAUGUGGAAAUUUGGGAAACACAUUUUACUUGCUGGGUGAUUUUCAACAAGCGAUUCAUUACCACAAUGAAAGAUUAAAAAUUGCAAGAGAGUUUGGUGAUAAAGCUGCGGAGAGAAGAGCCAACAGUAAUUUGGGCAACUCGCACAUAUUUCUUGGGGAAUUUGAAAAAGCAGCACAACAUUACAAACGUACGCUGGUCCUUGCUCAAGAAUUGCGUGACCGAGCGGUAGAAGCACAAGCGUGUUAUUCCCUUGGUAAUACUUACACGCUUCUCCGCGAUUACCAGGCUGCCGUAGACUAUCACCUCCGUCAUCUUUCCAUUGCGCAACAGCUGAUGGAUCGAGUCGGAGAAGGUCGAGCCUGUUGGUCAUUGGGAAAUGCUUACUCAGCUAUGGCUAACCAUGAGAAAGCACUGCACUUUGCCAGUCUGCAUUUGAACAUUUCUAAAGAAUUAAACGAUCCAAUGGGUCAGGCUACGGCUCAGAUGAACGUUACCGAUCUCAAGAAACUUUUAGGCUUAGAAAAAGGCGACGGAGAAGCAGAAAGUGGAAACGGAAUGCAUUUAAUUCCAACGACCAAAGCUUCGGCUAUAGCCGCUUCUUCGCCAGGUAGAUACAGGUUGAGAAGACAGAGCAUGGACAAUCUGGAUCUGAUCAAGUUAUUUACAAGGACCAUCGAACCGUUAACCCCGGAUGGUAAGCAAAAAGAUAUGGGUGAGCCUCUGCCUGCUAGAGCUGGAAUCGCGCCACAACCUUCGCAAGAAGAAGAAGAAGAAUCUUUUUUCGAACUUCUAUCAAGAUUUCAAUCAGGCCGAAUGGAUGAUCAGCGCUGUGUGCUAAAUGCCAAUCAGAAACCGAGACCGAGACCAAGAGCAGCGACUCCAGAACAAAAAGAGAAAGAAGGAGAAGAUUUGUUGGAACUAAUAGCUGGAAUGCAAAGUAAGCGAAUGGAUGAGCAGCGUGUUACUCUGCCUUGCUUGCCCGGAUUGAAUACGAACAGAAAUACGAAUAGGCCUCCUCCACAACCAAUUGGGCAGGAAGCUGACGAUUCAUUCAUUGAAAUGCUAGUGCGAUGCCAAGGCUCACGUUUAGAGGAUCAACGUAGUCCUUUGCCAGCUGCUUCAACAUUACACGAUGCAGAGGAGGAACAAAACCAAAGAAGAAACGGAAACACAACAUCAAGGACUACCGUGCCCGAAGAAGAUCUGUUUGCCCUCAUUCAGAGACUGCAAGCCGGUCGCAUGGAAGAUCAACGAGCUUCUGGACCAGCAAAAGGCCAUUAAAAUUUUCAGUAAGUAUAACAACUAUUCGAUGAAAAUAAUAACAAAUUAAUAUUAAGCAAUCUUUGAAAAAAUAUCAUUUUGGAAAGGUGUCACCACUGUAAUUAAAAAUUUUCUGUGUAAUCAUUUGAAUUUUGUGAAUAUCAACUCAUGGUGGUAUCAUCAACAAGUGAUAUGUCGAAAAAUGUUACACUUACAAUAUAAUCAAUGGCUAGGUGGGUGAUAAAAAAUUGUACAAAAGAUUCUUCAUAAAUUCUCGCAUGCUAUCUUCCUCGCUUUUCACAAAAUAGUCAAUUGAGUCACUUUUCUUUUAGCUACAAUACGGUGUACACUAAAGUUUCACCACCAUUUGUCACAUUAAAAGAAGCGCUUUGGUAUCUCCUUCCAUGUUAUUUAUAUCAAAAAGCGAUAUUACUAAGGUUACGGUGAAAAUUUUUUACUAGCACCGACCGUGAAUUAAAUAUAACCCAUCUGUGGAAAGCAAAGUCAAAAGACACUAUCAAUUUUCCUACGCCACCUAAUAAUUGAUUAUUUAUCAUUGAAAUCGUGCCAAAAAAGUAUCAUGAGACUCUUGGAUAAACGAACAUGUAUUGAGAUGUGAGUCAGAAUAUUGCACAAGAGAUUACAAUUACCUUAGAGAUAGAUAUGUAUAAAAUUGUAUAAAUACUACUUCAAAAUCUAUUAACAGUAAAAUAUACGUAGGAAACGUUAGAAAAAUGUUCAGUAGGAUACUGAUCGGUUUUGUUGAAUUUUUUCAAUACCGUUACGAUGAAUCGUAAAUUUUCUGUUUCUCAUUCUCAAUCCAAAAGAGUAGUACAUAAGAAUUAUAAUUCAAACGUAACAAGUAAAGGUACUGCGACAUAUGCAUUUAUAUCCAAUGCAGGAAUCGAAUGAACCGAAAGCCAUAAAGCUAAUAUAGUUAAAGUAGUAUUAUUAAUGCGAAAAGUAAGUUAAUCAAUUUAUUACUUUUAAGAUAUGUCUGUAUUAUUUUUUUUUACCUUAUUUGGGCUUCAGCCAAAUUGUUCGACAACCCAACUCUAGAGACGGAACUUCUUAAUUGUAAAAACAUGUAUUUGCCCUUCUAAUUGGUGGGACGUACGUACGUAGUAUUAUGUACAUUCAAUACAGUUUUCCGAAUUCAUUAUUAUAAUAAAUUUCGAUUGCUUUUCCUUAUAUUGAUUUGCAACAUUAGAUAAAAUACAAAGUAACAUUUGGCUCCUGCCACUCGAGAUAUUGCAUGUUUAAAGCAUGUGCGAAACAGUAGACAUUCAGAGGAAUCAAUUAUCUCCAUAGGUAAAUCCUAUUCGAUAGCGUAUCGUUCUCUUGACAGUGCUAAGAUCACUAAAUAAAAUACCAUAUUAUAUUAAUUAUUAAAUUUUAGAAAGUACUGAUUAAAUUUAUUCUUCACAGAGAAUAUAUAAUGAAGAACCCUUUUUUGUAUUUCCUAAUUUUUUUCGAAUUAGAUAAUUUUUCCAACGCAUGUAUAUUUUAAUAAUUAGGACGCACAAUCUACUGUUUGUUGUUAUUGCUAAAGAUAUACUCAGAGAUAGUUGUCAUUAAAAUAUUUAUAAUCCUGUCGCUAACUAAAGUAGCAAAGAAAUUAAAUAUCAGAGUAAACCAAAUGAGUGUUUCCUCCUUCAGAUGAAAUUUAUUCUCCAUGUUAACUGUUUAGCUGUCAUUCAAAAUA